GUGGCUGGGGAGGGUGAAGGUCUGCUUUAAGGCCCACUUUAAGGAUCAUGUUGGCCGCCAAGCAGGGGCGGACUGACAACUCAUGGGGCCCCCGGGCAAUAGGGGAUCAUGGGGCCCCUGUGUCCUUGCCCAAACUCAAAAAAGCCUAUGAAAAAGGUACCAGGGGCAUCUCAUGGGGCCCCCUAUUGACCCCGGGCCCUCGGGCAGUGCCCGAGUUUCCAAAUGGUCAGUCCACCCCUGACUCCAAGACAAUGCUUAGUGCUUGAGUAGUUAAUCCUAAACACCAGCAAUCAUGUGGAAGAGGAGUGGGUCACAUGCUUGUAAGAGGG